GCACAGGGGUCUGCCGAGGAGAACUAGGGGACUGGCUGUGAGCAGGACUAGGACUAUGAUGAGUGAUAAGACAAACACUAGGACUCGGGCAAGGACUUGAGAGAGGACCAGGACUUACAAUCACACUAGUGCUUUGAGAAGGGCUUGGGCAAUGACCAGGACUUACAGUCAUACCAGGGCUUGGGCAAGAACUAGGACAAACGGUCAAACUAGGGCUUGGGCAAGGACUGGGACUAACAAUCAAACUGGUGCUCGGGCAAGGACUAGGACAAAGACUAGGACUUACAGUAACACUGGGGCUCGGACAAGAACUUGGGUAAGGACUAGGGUUCGGACUAAGACCACGAGGGGAAUCAGUACUAAUAUUACAAAGGCAAGAAACAAGACUCGGGACCGGACUCGAAACAGGACUCGGACUACGGAUCAGUCUACGAGUGGAACUAGGACUACGACGACUACGAGAAAGACUAGGACUACAACUAGAAUCAGAACGGAAACUCGGACCAGGACUUGGACUACGACUCAGUCUACAAGUCGGUCUACGAGUAGGACUAGAGCAUGGGCUACGAAGAAGGCUGGGACUCGAACUCUGAGAGAGACUGUGACUAAAACUAGAACUAGGGCACAGACGGAACACAGGUGGAGGAGGUCUAAGAGGGCGUGACUUGACCGGGGAGAACACAGGUGGAGGAGGUCUACUAGGAGGAGCUAAGCGUUUAGCGGGCCGAAAAACAGGUAAAGGUGGCCUACAUGGAGGUUUUUGUUUAGCAGUUUUAAGAACAGGUAGCGUCUGCCCUACCUCCGCAACACAGCUAUAGGCCAUAGCUCCCCCCUCCAGACGGGAAUCCCAGACCCGUUCCCUGUGGUCAGGGACUGACCAUAAGGGAGGGUGGUGGGAGGUUUGGAGGCGGGCAGACCCCUCCCCUCUAUAUUGUCCAGAGUGUCCCUUUGAAAAGGGAGAAAAAACCUUGGACUUGGGCAGAGAAUGAGGUUUAAACGGUGGGUUAGAAGAAAAACUAGGUGACUGAGGUUGACUAGAAUAAUAAGAAAAAAUAUCCUGAUACUUUUGUAUAUUAUUAUUAAUGUUAUUGUCAUUUGAAAAUGGCUGAGAAAACGAAUCUUCCCCCAAAAAUUCCUUGUUGAUGACGUCAUCAUCGGAGGACGGGCUUGCGUUACCGGGGGGCGUCGACGAAAUGACGUCAUCUGCGCGGGACACAAGUUGGGAAUUUGCCCAGUCGGUAAAACUGUUAGCAAAGUGUGUUAUUGGGUCCCCAAACAAUGGUGUAGGGGUCUUGUGUGCUGACUGUAGGUUGCUGUGUUCGUGAGGAGGGAGACAUGGAGUGGGCAAGUCUCUGUCGCCCGACGAAGCCAUACUUCGCGGCUUCCGCCUACGCGGACGAGCGCGAGCGCUGCGGGAGGGAAACUCACCGCUCCCGGAAGCAUCGAUCGGAACCAGUUUUCCCUCCAGGUCCCACAUCAUGCUUUCGUCUGGAUUGCAUCGGAGAGUUUCAGCCUCCAUCGCUCGGAAUACCCUCCAUGUGCCUUCGUCGAAGGUCUCCUCGUGGUUGCCAGACGCGGAAAAACUUUUUAAUGCUCGGAUCCUACUGUGAAGACUCUUCUUCGGCAUGGUAAUGCCGGUGUAGUUUUCCCGUGGAUGCGUCGAAGCAGAACACAGCAAAGUUGCCUUCCUCGAUCCUCGAUCCUCAAUCACUCGCCUGGACUCGAACCUUGUUUGCUUGCCGCCUGUCCUCGACCUCCUGCCUGUCCCCGGAUCGUCCUUGUUCCUACUCCUCCUUGACCAGAUGCAGGUUUCAUUCAACACGCAUGCACAACGUCCUCUUGUUUCAUUCACAUGGUUAACUUCACAAUUAAUCCUGCAACCAACACUUAGAUGAGCGUACACAUCCCACACAAUCAUCAAAGGUUACAAUAAACCUGGUAACCUUACGUCUUUCGUGGUGUCGUCUCCUUCCAGUCCUCCCAUACAUAACAAAUUAGACGGUAAAAAAUGAAAAUUAUCAUCUAAGUUUAAAACAAGUUCACCACAAAUAAUUUGAACUCGUGUGCUGACCAAUAAAAGACGUGACAUUGACAACUAUGUUUUAUGUAACAGAUUAAUAAGUGACAAAUCAAACAGACUAUCUUCUUUUUGCAUCAGUUAAGGCUAUCAGGAAUAAUGAAGGCAUUACAGAUAUCAUACAAGCUGAUUAUUAAACAAGCUGACGGAAAGAUUAAUCUUUUUGUUCUCCUGAGCUGAGGAACGAUGGCUCGUCACGGAAUGUGGAACAACCUUCUCUCGCAAGUGAUGUGGAAACAGAUGGAUAAGAGCGUGUCCACGGCGGGGAUUGGAGACUUGAUAGAGUUUACCCAUCCGUAUUUGGGGUUUUCUCUCUGGGGAGUUUACAUGGGGAAAGGUCAUGUGAUCCAUUUUGGAGUUGGAGAUGAGAACAUGACACAGAAAGCGUGUCGCAGCCUCUUGCAGUUCAUGCUCCCCGGGUCCAAAGGUGACGGUGUUUUAAAGAAGACCACAAUCACCUGGGAGCCCAUCGCUGACAUCCGACUGCCGGCAGGAGUCCGUAUUCGGGUCAACAAUGCCAAACACCAGAUGGUUCCUUCCAUGGUGGAGCUGAUGAUGCAUCGAUGUCACACGUUUAUGAAUCAGGAGUUCAAAUACGACCUGAUCAACUUCAACAGCGAGCAUUUUGCAACCUUUGUUCGCUACGGCCAAGCAGUGUGCACACAGAUUCCCUUCCAGAAAAAGAGCGGCAGUCACGCUGACACAACUGCAACCCUUGAACUGAUAAUGCAGCAGCGGAUGGAGACAGAAACUUAAGCCCUUAUAUCAAGUAUCCUAAUAAGCAGAUUCAAUUAUUUUGCUUUCCAACAUGUGCUCACAGCAAAGGCCAUACUUGUAUCAGCGCCCCCACCGACCACAAUAAAGACAGAACAAAACUUU